UAAUUUUCGUUUAAGUUUUGCGUUUUGAGGAAAAAGACUCCUCUCUCCUUCUCUCUCAGUCCUGACUUCGAUUCUCAUCACCUCCAAAAGAAGCAAACGGCGACGCCGCUAACGGCGGAGGAAACGCCAUCACCGGGUUGAGACUUGAGAGUUGCAUACGAAAGUUUGAGAAGCUAAUAAAGUUGAGGUUUCCAUACGGAAGUUGCUUAUAAGGGUUAGAUGGAUCUUGAAACAGAGAACAGAAUAGCUUCAAUUCUUAUGAGAGAAGCCGCUGAAUUGCGGCGUCAAGCUGAGAAGGAAGGUGUGCAUGCUUAUCUUCAACAACCUAAAACAAGAUUUCGGCCAAAUUCACGGUUCCUCAGUGCUACUGUUCGUGGCGUGCAACAAGCAAAUCGAGUUGUUGAAGUGAAUGAGAUGUGGCGACUCCGGCAGAAAGAGAGAGAAUUGGACAAUAGGCUUAAGGGGAAGAAGGAUGAGAGCAGAAAUGACAGGAGUCAGAGAGACAGUAACUCUCCAAGAAGCAGCGGUAAGGGACGUGCUGUCCCAGAUGAUAGUGCUGGUCCUUCUUGCUCGUCAAGGAAAAGAGAAUAUGAGAGCUGUCAUUCAAGGCAAGAGAAUGGUUUAAGGGAUGAAGAACUUGAAGAAUUUUUACAUUCAAGAAUCAAGCGUGGCAGAGGUGCUGUUGGGUCAAGGAUGGACGAAACAGGCCCUUAUCUUCCCCGUUGUUCAGACUCCAAGGAAGCGCUGCCACAGAGCCCCAGUGUACAAGAACGCCGUGUGUAUGGACCAGAGAGGCCUUCACAUAAAUUAUGUUAUUCUUCUGAAGAGGAGCUCGACAAUGAGAGGAAGAAAUAUAAAAAGGUGAAGUCUGGUAGCUCUAACAAGCACAAAUCCAAGGAAAAAUCUAAAGAGAAGAAGAAAAAGAGGAAGGACGAGAAGAAGAAGAGGAAGGACGAGAAAAGAAGUAAAUGCCAUACUUAAGAGGCGCUUUAUAGGAGGGGUCAUCCUAGUUUGUAGAGAUAUUUGAUCGGAACUUGAAGGCGAAAUCUGAAAUAUAUAUCGCAAUUUUUCAUGCUUGUAGCCUUGUACGGAGUUGAUGCGCAACGCAACCACUGUUAUUGAAAAUGCAAACGAAAACGAAGACGGAGUUGUAUUUCAGAUUCCUCUUGUUCGUCUUCAAGUUGGAAAAUUAUAUUCAAGACUUCCUUUUCGGAUCUA